UGAUUGUUGGCCGUUACUCUUCCUGGCUGGCAGGUCAGCCUGGCUGGCAGGCUGGACGCUUGAGCUCCCUCCUGCUGGACUGGACGGUGGGCUUCCCGCUAGGCUGGAGGAAGGCUUCUCACCGGGCUGGAGGCAGGCUCUCGGGUAGGCUGGAAGGCAGGCUCCCGGGUAGGCUGGAAGGCAGGCUCCCCGAUGGGCUGGAGGCAGGCUCCCACCUGGGCUGGACCGCGGGCUCCCAGUUGGGCUGGAUCGCAGGCUCCCAGCGGGCUGGUGGUCGGCUAGGCUGGAAGGCAGGCUCCCCGAUGGGCUGGAGGCAGGCUCCCACCUGGGCUGGACCGCGGGCUCCCAGUUGGGCUGGAUCGCAGGCUCCCAGCGGGCUGGUGGUCGGCUAGGCUGGAAGGCAGGCUCCCCACUGGGCUGGAAGGCAGGCUCCCCACUGGGCUGGACCGCAGGCUCCCAGUUGGGCUGGACCGCAGGCUCCCGGGUAGGCUGGAAGGAACGCUCCCGGGUAGGCUGGACCGUAGGCUCCCAGUUGGGCUGGACCGCAGGCUCCCAGCUGGGCUGGUGGUCGACAGGCUCCUGGCUAGGCUGGAAGGCAGGCUCCCGGGUAGGCUGGACCGCAGGCUCCCCGCUGGGCUGGUCGACAGGCUCUCUUGGGCUUCCGCUCCUUGAUUGCCCUGGUUGGUCGGGCUGACUCGAGCUCUGGGUUGCUGGGCUUGGGCCCGCUGGUCCAAGUUCGGGGCCUGGGCUGAUUAGGCU